GCGCGGGGAGGGGGCGCGUCGAGUCGCGCCAGUCGGUCGCGGGGCGCCGCGCAGCCCACACGCGAUAUGCGCGCCCUCUAGCGUAUUAUGUUCCUCCCCGACCUCCCGCGAGCCUGCAUGGUGGACGACGUAGCGACUUAUUUGCAAGCGCCCUCCUCGGGACAGGACGAGUUCCAUCCGUUCAUAGAGGCCCUGAUGCCAUUUGUAAAGUCCUUUUCGUAUACUUGGUUCAAUUUACAAGCGGCCAAACGGAAAUAUUACAAGAAACACGAGAAACGGAUGAGUCUCGAGGAGGAACGCCACACUAAAUAUGAACUCCAGAAUGAAAAAGCAGAGGUAAAACAAAAAUGGGCGUCGCGGCUGCUGGGGAAACUCCGCAAGGACAUCACGCAGGACUGUCGCGAGGACUUCGUGCUCAGCAUCACGGGGAAGAGGCCCGCCGUCUGCGUGCUCUCCAACCCCGACCAGAAGGGGAAGAUGAGGAGGAUAGACUGCUUGCGGCAGGCUGAUAAAGUAUGGCGCUUAGACCUGGUAAUGGUGAUACUAUUCAAAGCUAUUCCCCUGGAGAGCACGGACGGUGAGCGCCUGGAAAAGCACCCAGAAUGCACGCAGCCAGGGCUCUGCGUGAAUCCAUACCACAUCAACGUAUCUGUGAGGGAACUGGACCUGUAUCUGGCGAACUUUAUAAACAGCUAUGGUAAUGGGAGCGACGGUCUACCAGAUAUUCUAAGCGGGUCGCUCUCCCCUCAAACUCCUAGGGAUAAAGAGAACGAACACGAGGCUAAGAGCAAAGGCUAUAGUCACAAUCCAUACAACGGUGUAAUAUGCAACGAUAUUAUUUUAGCGACUGGUGUCUUCUCGUCCAAGGAGUUGUGGAAGCUGUCUAAAGCAUCAAUUCUCCAAGAGACGGGGUCGGAGUCUCCGAGUGGGUCGGGAGGCGGCAUUAAGCUGGAGUCAGGGUAUUACUGUGGGUACAAUAGUCCAGCGCCACCCGCCUUCGAGCCCCCUGCUGAGAGGGCCACUCCGUCCGCCAUGCUUGUUGGACAGUGCUAUAGUAUCCCCCACAGCUCAGCAGGCCUGUCAGCUCAAUCACCAUUGGUACCUUCGAACACAAUCUUCUAUCAGCAUGCAGCGCCGCCCACCGAUACACAUCCCACAACAUCCGAAGCGCUGUCCAGCCAGCACGCGAGCGGCAAGUAUGACGGCGCGCCGCAGGACUCGCUCGGAGACUUCGUCACCUUCGUCUGCCCUGACGCCACUGUCACAGAUGUGCAGCAGUUGCAGGUGCACAGUCUUUCGAGAAGUCCAAAGCCACCGUACUUCAGCAGCUCGAUGCUUCCACCACCGCCGCUUCCUCCGAUGGCCAGGCCUGUUGCCAUCAUCAGAUCCACAGCUAGUGAGAUGGUAGGUGGCAGCGUGGUGGGUGGCGGGGGCACGUCGCCGUCGUCCCCCGAGGUGCGGUCGCCACCGGCGUCCCCGCGCCGUCGCUCGCCACACCCCUACCGCACGGACUGCCAUCCCCCCAUCUCACACUUCAACCAUUUCCACUCGCAACCACAACAGGUCUUCAGCUAUGCAAGUUCGCUGGGUGGCGUCGGUUUAGGAGGUGGGGUCUCAGGAGUGGGGGCUGGUGGUGGCGCGGUCAUGGCAGGAGCUGGUGGGGUUUCACCCCCAGGUGGACUAGGUCUCUACGCACCACGGGCCUCUGCGAGAGCCGCGCCUAGGUGGGUUUUAGAGGACUUGGGACCGAUUAACAGAUGGAACGCACCAUUCCCGACGCUGGAGGAGGAGUUCAACAUCAUGACGGCGCCACCAGGACCUGACCAUGUCGUCCUGUUGGAUGAUGAACGCUUCUUCCAAUCAAGUGUGAUUACAUCGGAAGCGACUGCGAUGGACACGACUGGCUCAACCGUCGGAUCGGUCGUCGACACGUCGGACGACAUCGCGCCCGAUAAGCCGGCGCCCGACUUGCGUUCACCGUGAUCCCACGCUACUACGUCGGUCGGCGUCGCUAGUGUCGGGCACGAUGGAUCGGUCGCAUCGGUCGGCAGUGUCGGGCCAGUAAUUAGUGCUGAGUCUGACGCGCCCGUGUCGAGUGUCGGAUCCAUCGCAUCGGUCGCGCCGACGGCGACCGUGCUCCGCUGGACACCCGCGCCCCUCCCGCACUGGCGACCCGUCUCGCAUCGGACUGUUUAAUUUCUAAACGUUAUCUCUGAAUGUCGGGGGAUUAGUGUAAAUAUAAAAAUGGAAUUAAAACGGAAGAGGUUGUAGUUGAAAUUUAGAUUUUACAAUUUUUAAUCUGUGUCGAUCCACUGCAUUCGUCCACGCGACGUGACUUCGUCGCGGCGUUCAAUAACAUUUGAAACACGAAUUUCGACAGAGGCGGGUGAUCGACAUGGUUUUCAUUUAUUACUUGUUAAGGCGAUAACAAAAUACAAUACUCCAACGAUAAUUAUGUAAAAAAUAUUAAAGCUACGAAAUAAAACAACAUAUUAUAUUCUAAUAUUUUUAUAGAAUAUAAAAACAAGUAUGAUAUGAUCAAGCCUUCCAGUAAUUUAGUAAAGUAAAAUGUUAAUAAAAAGUGCAGCUUAUAAAAUAUUGUUUUGCUGAGCUGUGAGACAGGAUAAGCGAAUAAAAUGCUUCCAAAGGCGUCAAAACGGUUGAAAUUGACGACAGUGUGAUACUAUAAGUUGUUUUUUUGUUUCGUUGUUGUGUGUUUUGUAAUGGAAAUAAACAUUAAAUAGGAUGUAAGUCGUCGGUUAGUUUAAAACAUUUUUAAUUUUAUUUAUUGAACGAAUAUUUAAUAAAGACGAGCCUUGCUUAAGAAUUAGUUUAGUUGUACUUAGUAGCGGACAGAGUAGUUGAUUUAUUGUACUUUCGAUCGGGAGUUAUAUUGGGGCAAAAUUUGUAUAAAAUAAGAGAAAAAAAUAGCAAAAAGAUUUUCUAUGUAAUUUUCGCACAAAAAUAAAUCUACGAUAUUGAUCUCAGUGAAAGAAUUUUACCGCGGUGAGUAAAACUUUUUCUUUUUUAUUAUUACUUUUUUUCUUUUGUAUAUUAAUAUUUUUUUUUUUUAAAGUAUUCUUGACAUCGAAAGCGACAAUAAAUCAUUAGUAGAUCGACAUAAGUCGAAGGACAUUUUUAUAGGUGCCUUUCAUAAAGAAAAAGUAAAUUAACUUAAAUAAUAGGGAUUUGUAAAUUGUAGAGAGUUCUUUUUGAUAAAUCCAUCCGCUCAUACUUGUAAUUAAUGUUUCAUUGACUAUUUAACAUAAGCUAUGUGUGUUUUGUAACCAAAUUAUGGGCAAGCAAGUCUUAUCGCCGUACUCAGAGUAAUUUAAUGGUUACUUAACCCAGUCCUUAGCAAUUGUUUUCGAUACAAAAUCGUUACUAAGGAAUAGUUUUAAGUAAAUAUUUAAAUGUCUCUGAGUGUGGUUGUUCGGGGAUAAGUACAACAUGUUUUAUUUUCUCACCUUUCUUUAAAAAUAAUUUAAUUGUUCAUAAAGCUUAAAAUGUCAAUUUGUAAGUCCAGUUGAAAGGAAAACAUUAAUAUAUUUUGUUUUUUUAUGGUUAAAUUCGGGAUGCGAUUUCAUGCACAAAAUACUCAAUUAAUAAUUAUGUGAGUUUGGUUACAUAAUGCACACGUGAAUACUAUAAUCCUAUAAAAUUAAAACCUAGAAAUUAUUUAGUUUUGUCACUCAUGGAAAUGAUUUUUUUUUCGCAAUACUGUGGCCAUACGAGGAAAGCUAGUCAUUAGAAUUACAAUGUAAAUUAAUUGUUACUUAAAAUAAUAAAAAAAAUAUUUACAAUUAUAAAGAACCCCUUACGUUUAUUAGUAAGGGGGGUGAAACUAAAAAAUGUGGCCAAAUUACACUUAAUGAAUGAAAUCCAAAUAUAUAUACACAAUUUUUAAUAGAAUUUAGAAUUAAAUAAGCGUGGUAAAGUUAAGUUCGUAGCGAAGAACAAUUGACUAUAAUUCGAGUAACAAAAAAACUAAAAAAAAAACUUUUUGACGCAAAAAAUUCCACGUCAGUAUGUCACUAAACAUUUUUAUUUGUCCGUCAAGCUUUCGAUCCUAAGUCACAUAUAUACCACCAUCAAUAAAAUCGACAAGUUUUCUUUGAUACAGUACACAAACACCGUUUUCUUUUUGGAUUUCUAUAAACCUAGUGUAGAGAGAAACCGUAGCAAUAAAAUACAAAAGCAAUAAAUAAAUAAAAAAUAAUUAUAAUUAAAAAACAAAAAGGGCUUUAGUGAGGCUAGAGAUUGGUACUGAAACGUAGUGUAAAGUAUAUAAACGAUUCGCAAAUAUAUUUUCUAUAGACAGAUUCAUGAGAGGCUGGGUACUACGUAAAAUGAUAAUUAUACUGCAGUUUGGUACAAUUUAAUAGCUAUUUGACAAAAAUAUAUUAGACAUACAGCUAUAGACAAACUAGGCAGAAGGCGGGAUUAGUCAAUUGCUAGCUAUAGAAAACAUUAUUAGAAUAUUAAUGAAAAAAAAAACAUUAGGAAGUAAUUACGUCAUUAAGGCUUGUUGAUAACAGACAAAAACAGUUUCGUCAUUGUGAAAAUCUGGGAGAGGUGACCUUGUAACGUGGUAAGGCAAUAUUAAAUAGUGGUGACGAAUUUAAAGCUCAUUGGUGCCGAAAAUUCUAGACUGUGAUUCAAUUGUUCAUUCAGAACGUGUCUUAUAUUGAAAUAGUUGUUUUUGUAUGAUUGGCAAUGCACAGUGGGUGCUGUAUAAUACAAAGUAAAUGUAUUGUAAAAUGGCAGAUAGAAACAUGUUGUAUGAAAUGCAUUUGUUAUUAUGGUAAAGGUAUGGUAACAGCGGGUGUAAGCUGAGAAAUGUAAUUUUUUUGACAGCGUACGUAGAAACGGUAGAUUAAUUUCGAUAGCUUUGCAGUAAUUUAUAUGGGUGUGACUAAUACAAGAUUUUGUAUGGAAUAAAUAGGUGAGAAAUAAUGUAUUGGUCGCAACAUGUACUUUUUGUUUGAUUAUUAGCACCAUAAAUACGAUAUGGAGUAAUAAUUGAAAGCCUAAACAUUAUGUGCCUUAGAUACAACAAUAUUGUAUGAUAUUUAUGAUGCGUUCUAUACAACGUGCUAACUAGAAAUAAAUGAUAAAUAUUAUUUUGAAUGCCUGGACUUUGGACGAUUAUCUUCAUUAUUAGACUUCAUUUACGCAAAGGCUUGUAUGUACUCCCAAAGAUUAUGUAACCUUCGAACGCAAUUAUUGUAAGUUUAGGCCCAAUGUUCGGAAAAUUUGUAAGUAACCCUUGAUAUGUUAGUUUCUCCCUAAAACUCUUUCCCUUUAAGUUAUCUAUUACAUUGGUUUUUAUAUUGUAUCUAUAUGAAAAUCGUAAGUAACUGGGCACCCAGCAGUCUGGAAAUUGAUUUCGAAUCCAGAGAUAUAAAUUAUAACCCUCAUGUAAUAUUAUUCUACGAUUAAGUAACGCUUUUACGCGUAGUUUCGCUGAAAUAUAAAGAAUAAUUAUAUGAUAUUGUAUAAUUUUAGUACUUACCUACAUUGUACCCAUUUAUGUACCUAUAUACUUUACUGGCAUGUAUUCUUAAUCUACGCGACUUGGAAUAGCCACGCUUUUUAUUUCGAAGUACCUAGACACCACUUUGAUUCUCGCAUGGCUUUUUGAUAUUAAAGAAAUUACAAUCCAACUAUUCUAUGAACUCUUAUAAUAAUUUCUUUUAAGUUAUAACUUCUUAUUAUAAAGAAAAGGAACGAAAAUCCGUCUUAUAAGUUUCGUGGAUUUCAAAAUGUUGAUUACAUUAUACGUAAAUAGAGAAAAAGUAAUUGUAAGUAUAAUUAACCAAUAGAGAAAUACUCCUAGUUACGAAUUUCUUAGUUCAUCUGAUGUGCAAUUAUGAUUAACUGUUUUUUUAGCGAAUUUGUUAAUUUUUUUAUUAGUAUCUAAUAUUACGAUUGUAUCCAUUGUCAUUGUAUGUAAAUAUGUUCCGGAGUGUAUUUAUAUUUUUUUUAUUUGUACAAUUAACAUUAGAUUGCGUUUAUAUGUUAUGUUUGUCAUCGGUCAUGUCCGCUUUCAUAUUCAUUUAGAUUUUUACAAUUUUUCUUUAUUUUUUAAAAUAGAAAACGAGCGAGUCAAAUGGCUUAUUCCAGCUGGAGUUUAGUUCAAACCAACAAUUGUUCGAAGUUGGAAUAGGUCAUUAGGUUCCAGCAAUAAACUAAAGAUAGACUUGUAAAAAUGGUAUAACAUGUAUUUUUAACCUAUACAUAGUAAGAUAUUUAUAGAAUUUUAGUCGUUUAAUUAUUUCGAACGACUUGUUAUAAAGAAAAUUGGUGCUUAAAGCUUAAAACAAAAUAUGACGGCACUUUGUCGUGUGUGUAUUGUCAUGGAAGGAGUCAGAGCAUUAUGACAUAGCAUGCGUUGUUAUGCUUUCGUGCGAUACAGAAUCGUUUAUUUCCAAAUUUGAAAAAGAACCGUUACAAAAAAUAUGGCCGCCGCUACAAGGUUAGUGCGUGCGGUUUCAACUUACUUUAUUCUUUAUUUGAAUUUGAAUUUGGUUGUUUAUGUGUAAUUUAUAGAAAAAGAAUAAACGAUUUUAUAUCAUAAUGCAAGCAGUUAUAAUAAUGUAGGUAAACUUUGCUCAAUAUCGAUGAAAACUGAAAGUGUUACAGUUGAUGCAAUACAAACAAACAAACAUAAAGAA